AAAAAAAAGCUGUCCACUGCCUGCUCACCUCACGGCCAGACAGUGGAAUCGCUCCAUCGCCCACCCCGCUCGACGGCCAGACGCCGCCGCCACCCGCCAGGUCCCUCCCUCGCGCCUCCACUCCACGUCUCCACCGUCCUCGCGCAGCGCAGAGAAGAUCGCCCCCGUGUCCAGCCGGCCAGGUCCCUCCCUCGGCGCUCGCCCCCGCCGCCACACGCAGUGGCCUGCACGGCUGCAGCUUGGGCUCGGCGCUCCCCUCCCCUUGGUGCUCGGCGACCCUCUCCCCUCGGGCCUCGGCCAGCUCCCCGCCCAGCCCCCUGCCCUCUCACGGCAGAGAGCAAGGACAGGGAAGAUGAGAAGGUUUCAAAGGCUUAAAAUUAGAAGAAUACAAUUGCUGCGAUCAACAAGAACAAGAUUGACAACUUAGUAGUGGUACAAGGCCGACGGCCCAACUCAUAAACUCUGGCUUCUUCAUCAAAGCAAAGCAACGGGCCGGCCGGCCCAACAAACAUGCCCUCGCGGACGGACCUGCUCGCCCAAAUCCUGCUCUCCGGCGACCAUCUUUGCCGCCGCCUCCCAGCCGCCCAUGCCCUAGCCGUCGUCUCCGGCGAUGGUCUCCGCGAUCUCUUCCUCACCAAUCUACUCCUCCGUGGCUACUCCAAGCUCGGCCUCCUCCACGACGCCCGCCUGCUGUUCGAUGGAAUGCCUCACCGGAACCUCGUCUCCUGGUCCUCAGCCAUCUCCAUGUACGCGCAGAGGGGUGCCAACGAUGAAGCCGUUUCCGUCUUCGCGUCUUUCCGGAAGGCCUCCCACGAGGCGCCCAAUGAGUACUUGCUCGCUGGUGUCCUGCGGGCCUGCACACUCCAUCUCGGUGAGCAGGUGCAUGGCAUCGCCGUCAAGCUUGGUCUCUCCCUUCACGUAUACGGCGGCACCGCACUGAUCAACAUGUAUGCCAAGUCCGGCUGUAUGGAAGCGGCUAGGCGCCUGUUCGACGAGCUCCCCGCGAAGAAUCUGGUCACCUGGACCGCGGUAAUCUCAGGCUACUCUCAAACUGGACAGGGCGACGUUGCCCUGGAGCUGUUUCGGAAAAUGGGUGUCCAUCCUGACAGGUUUGUUCUCGCUAGUGCUGUCGGUGCUUGCUCCGCAAUCGGCUUUCUAGAGGGAGGCAGACAAAUACAUGCUUACACAUAUCGAAGUGCGGCGGCAGAAAUAAUCGAUGCUUCCGUGGUUAGUGCUCUGAUGGAUCUGUACUGCAAGUGCUCCAGGCCAUCAGUGGCUCGGAAGCUUUUUGAUCGCAUGGCAAACCCGAAUCUUGUGUCCUGGACAACAAUGAUAGCUGGUUAUAUGCAGAAUUCGUUUCACACUGAAGCCAUGGCCAUGUUCUGGCAGAUGAGACGGGCUGGUUGGCAGCCAGAUGUUUUUGCCUGUACAAGUAUCUUGAACUCAUGUGGCUCAUUGGGAGGAAUAUGGCAAGGAAGGCAGAUACAUGCCCAUGCCAUAAAGGCGAAUCUCGAGACCGACGACUAUGUCAAGAAUGGUCUAAUUGACAUGUAUGCUAAAUGUAACAGCCUAACCGAAGCAAGAGCGGCAUUUGAUACCUUGGCAGAAGAUGAUUUUGUUUCUUACAACGCAAUGAUCGAAGGAUAUGCAGGGCAAGGAGACCUGAUUGGAGCAGUUUAUAUAUUCGGUAAAAUGAGAUAUUGUUCUCUACGGGCAAACCUAUUGACCUUUAUCUCACUCCUCAGAGUUUCAGCAUCUCAGUUAGCUGUUGAAUUAAUCAAGCAAAUUCAUUGCCUGAUCAUCAAAUCGGGAACCUCACUGGACCUAUAUGCUGGGAGUGCUUUGAUAGACGUAUACUCAAAGUGUUCCCUUGUGGAUGAUGCUAAAGCUGUAUGUACAAUGGACAGCAAAGACAUGGCCAUCUGGAAUACUAUGAUUUUCGGCCAUGCUCAGAACGAGCAAGGCGAAGAGGCUAUGAAACUCUUCAACCAGCUUCGUGCCUCGGGAGGAAUACCUAAUGAGUUCACAUUUGUAGCACUAGUAACCAUCGCAAGUAACCAGGCAAGCAUGUUCCAUGGCCAGCAGUUCCAUGCACAGAUUAUCAAAGCAGGUGCAGAUCUUAAUCCUCAUGUUUCAAAUGCCCUUAUAGACAUGUAUGCAAAGUGUGGCUUCAUCGAAGAAGGCUGGUUGUUAUUUGAAUCAACGUGUGGGAAGGAUGUUAAUUGUUGGAACUCCAUGAUUUCGACGUAUGCACAGCAUGGUCGCGUUGCAGAAGCCCUUCGUGUUUUCCAGCUGAUGAGAGGGGCUGGAGUAGAACCAAACUAUGUGACUUUUGUUGGUGUGUUAUCAGCAUGUGCCCACGCAGGCCUUUUGGAUGAAGGUUUGUGUCAUUUCAGCGCUAUGAAAACAAAGUACGGUAUUGAACCAGGCACUGAGCAUUAUGCUUCAGUGGUCAAUCUUUUUGGUCGUUCGGGGAAACUGUAUGCUGCUAAGGUAUUUAUUGAAAACAUGCCAGUCAAACCAGCAGCAGCAGUUUGGAGGAGCUUGCUGAGUGCCUGCCAUCUGUUUGGUAAUGCUGAAAUUGGGAAAUAUGCUGCAGAAAUGGCACUCUCGGCAGAUCCAUCAAGCAGUGGCUCCUAUAUUUUACUUUCAAAUAUUUAUGCCUCUAAAGGACUUUGGGCUGAUGUGCAGAAGUUAAGACAAGGAAUGGAUUGUGCUGGCACAGUGAAGGAACCAGGUUACAGUUGGAUUGAAGUGAUGAAGGAGGUCCAUACAUUCAUAGCAAGAGAGAGGAACCACCCGCAGGCAGAGUUGAUAUACUCAGUUUUGAAUGAGCUGACAAGUCUGCUGAAAGAUCCUGGCUAUAACAAUGAUAUUUCUGAGCCUGCAUUGCUCGGUCGGAAUGGUUAAUAAAAGAGAAGUUUUAUAGUCCUCCAUACUACUAUGAAAAAUAGGUCAUUGCUCUGGACAUUAAUUUAAUUACGAAGCAGCCUUUUCAUAUUUUGCAUCAACAGGAAAUUCCUGUUGCUCCUCUGUGAUUCAUACAGAGGUCAGUUUGUUAGCCUUUUAAGUCCAUUGGAUUUUACAAUUAUAUUAAGAGAGGGUAUGAUACUCAAAAGGAAGAAAUUCGGAAAGCUGUUGAGUUACCUUUGAUACAUCAUGAGUUGUCCAUGCUAUCACUAAAGUUGUCUUAACACCGUAGCGUUGAAUAGGCCGGCUGUCGCUCAUGGAUUUUUCCAGAGAACUGAAGGGAUUGGAUUUAUGUUUGCUUUGUUCAGAAGCUCACAGAGCAAAUUUAGGAGCUUGCACAUCACCAGGAGCUUGGACAUGUACCUUGGCAGCAUGAAUCAUUUCCAGGUUCAGGUGAUAAUUGAUAUCAACCUUAUCGCUGAGGCACAGACAAAAGAAGUAUCAGAGUUUCUUCUUGAUGUUAUGAGAAGUAUCAUUGGAAGGAGAAGCUGAGGGAGGAUGGCAAUGGCAAGUUUGACUUGGAAAGUGAGCAAUUAGUUGGGGAUUUCAACAGUGGAAACAAGGUUAUUUUUUUGUAGUUAUGUAAUUGUGUUGAUACAAUCCCAGGGAGACACACCUCCUAUAUGCUUUGUUGUGUUGCAGUCUCAGUUUACCCCCCCUUUUAUUGCUCUAAUGGUCAUUAUUAUGAGUGUCUUUACUUCAUCAAGUUGUCAUGCAUUGUCUUUCCUUCAAUUACUGUGGAUAAAAUUGAAGCUUCCCUGGGAAAGUUCAGUGAU